AUGCUACGCCCAUACCCGCCCUUCCCCCUCCUCUCGCUCCCCGCCCCCCUCAUCCAGGCGGUGGCCUCCUACCUCCCCGCCCCCUCCCUCCUCUCCCUCCUCCUGGCCUCCAAACGCCUCCACUUCCUCGCCCCCCUCCUCGCCACCCACCGCACCCCGGCGGUCCUCCUCCUCCACGCCUCAAAGACCAACGACCUCCCCCUCGCCCUCUCCUCCAUCGCCGCGGGCGCCCCCCUCGCAGCCACAACCACAACCUCCCUCUGCACCCCGCUCCACCGCGCCGCCGUCUACGGCUACGAGGACCUCCUCACCGCCCUCCUCGACGCGGGCGCACCGCUCAACGCCGCCGACAGCUACGGCCAGACACCGCUGCACUGCGCCGCGGGCGCGGGGCAGGAGGGCGCCGCGCGCGCCCUCGUCGAGCGCGGGGCAAACAUCAACAUCGUCGACAAGGUCGGCCGCACACCCCUCCACUGGGCGGUCAGCACGCCUGGCUGCGACGGCAUCACACGGCUGCUGCUUGACCGCGGGGCGAGCGUUGACGCUGCGGGCCACGGCGGGAUGACGCCGCUGCUGCUCGCGGUCGGCAGUGGCGAGGCUGUGGCGGCGAAGCUGCUGGCCGAGCGGGGCGGGGACAUGGCCGGUGUCGACGAGAAGGGGCGCGGGGUGCUGCAUGUGGCUGCUGCGGCGGCUGGCGGGGCGGCGGCGAUGGUGGGCUGGCUGCUGGGGAUGGGGGCGGACGCGGACCGGAGGGAUGCGGAGGGGCGGACGGCGCUGAUGGGGGCGGUGGUGCGCGGCGCGGCGGAGGUGGUGGAGGUGUUGCUGGGGAGGCGGGUGGACGUGGAUGCGCGCGACGGGGCGCGGAACGAGACGGUGCUGCACAUGGCGGUGAGGCGCGGCGACAAGGAGGUGGCGGCCAUGCUGCUGGAGUGCGGCGUCGACAGGAACGCGAGGAACGUCGACAACGAGACGGCGCUGCAUGUGGCGGUGGGGGCGGGCGAGUGGGCGGUGGUCCCGCUGCUGCUGGACGCAAAGAUCGAUGUCAACGCGAGGAACAGGGAGGAGGAGACGGCGCUGCAUGUCCUGGUGGGCGCGGGGGUGGAGGGCGAGGCCGAGCUCGGGGCGGCGGACCUGUUGCUGCAGAAGGGGGUCGAUAUCGAUGCGAAGGAUUGCCGCGGGGAGAAUGUCCUGACGAUUGCGGAGAGGGAGGGCCUCAAGUCGAUGCUGGCGGUGUUUCUGGACUUUUGUAGAGGGUGA